UUGCGAUCGAACGCCGGAGGUACGCCGGAUCUCGGCUUGGUCAGCACGGUGGUCACCUAGGGAAGCGAGCUCAGAACUUGAGGCCUAUCCCCGGUGAUCGCUUCCGUGACUCUCCUUGGUCGCGGACAGAUACUCGGUCGCGAGUCACCGCAAGCAAGUCGAGGUCCUCUCGUUCUAGUGUUCCGCAAUCCUUUUGUGAAUCCCGUUCGAUUCCUCCCCGGAGUUCACCUCUGCUCUGGAAUCGUGAUGGCUGACGACUUCGACUACGACGAUGACGACGUAAUCGAUACCCAAGUCACCCAGCGGAAGCGACUCUUCUCCAAAGAAUUAUGCGCCAUGAUGUACGGUUUCGGAGACGAUAAGCAACCCUAUAUGGAGACCGUGGACCUCCUGGAAGAACUCGUCAUCGAAUUCAUAACGGAUCUGUGCCACAGAGCUAUGGAAAUCGGACGUCCAGGCAGAGUUCAAGUGGAAGACAUAAUCUUUCUCGUUCGCAAAGACCCUCGGAAGUACGCGAGGGUCAAAGACUUGCUCACCAUGAACGAAGAACUCAAGAAAGCGCGAAAAGCCUUCGACGAAGUCAAGUACGUCCAGCAAUGAGCGCUCGGAACUCCCGGCUCCUGUAAAAUGUACACAUGGUGAUAUUUGUAAAUUAUGCUUCGCUACAAUUAAACGACCA